AUGCCUUUCGCAAUCGGGACAGAUGGGCCAUUCGUGCCCGCCUUAAUCGUGGUUGACAUGCAGGAGGAUUUCUGUCCACCCGGUUCUCUUGCAGUACAAGAAGGCCGAGAUAUUGCGCCGCUGAUUAAUUGCCUCCUCUCUGAAUCAGGAUUUGUGACGCGAAUCGCAACUCAAGAUUACCAUCCAUCAGACCAUAUCUCCUUUGCCAGCAACCAUCCCCCACCAAACAACCGACCCUUCGAAUCGUGUAUCGAAAUGAAGAACCCGGCGCCUGGAAAGGAAAUGGAGACAAGACCCCAGCAGCUCUGGCCCGUUCAUUGCGUGGCCGACAGCCCCGGCGCGGAGCUUAUCCCCGAGAUCCGCGCCGAUCUCAUCGAUGUCGUUGUUCAUAAAGGAAAGCACUCGCAGGUCGAGAUGUACUCCGCCUUUGCCGAUGCAUUUGGCAACAGUGAUCCUGCUAUGGCGGAGAAGUCGGUCAACAUGGACAUCGCUGAGCUCCUCCGUGACCACAAGGUGACAGAUGUCUUUGUCGUGGGGUUGGCGGGGGACUAUUGUGUCAAAUGUACAGCGAUUGAUGCUGCAAAGGCCGGCUUCCGGAGCUGGAUUGUCGAGGAGGCAACUAAAUGCGUUGUGCCGACUGAUUGGGAGAAGGUCAAGCAGGAGGUUCAGGCUGCCGGGGUUUCGGUGAUCCAUGCAGACGACCCAAUGAUCCAGAAGUUGGCGGUGAGGUAG